UCUAGCUCUAAGUCUGGAACCUUGAAACACAUUUCUUGGGAAGAGGGGUGGCGCUAGCCACAGAGCGUCAAGCAUAAGCACACACACAGCGCGCGCGCGCUCACACCCCCCCACGGAGGCCGGCAGCGUCCUCCCUGCUGGGAUGGGCGUGGGGCCGAGCGCUCGCCACCCGGUUCCCAGAAGGUUCCCCUAGAGCCAGCCGCAGCGGCCCAGCUCGGCGCGCAGGGCCCGCGGAGGACCCGCGUCCGCGGAAGCUGGUGUCACCAGGGCUCGGUCCUAGUGAGCCGCGCUGUCGUCAUUCAUUCGCAGUGUCCGGAGCGUCCUUCCAGCGGGGAGCUGGGCUUCGCCGAGAGUGCCAGCGGCCCAGACGCGGAGUGUUCACGCGCGGUGACCUCGGGGGCUCUGAGCAGCUGAACACGGAGGCGGCCUGGACCCUGGGUGGGCGCUGCGGGAGCAACCGCGCCCCAGCCCAGCUCGGCUCGGCCCGCGGCGCCGAAUCAGUUCGCGUCGCCCGCAGCCCUGCCGGCCGCCGAGCCGGAUCCCGGGACUGAACCACACCACUUCCUCCUCCUCCCGCUCCCCUUCCUCCUCCUCCCACUCCUCCCGCUCCUCCCGCUCCUCCCGCCGCCGUGGGCCCCGGCCGGGCUGCGCAGCGGAGAGCCUGGCAGUCUGCGGCCGCGGAGAGGAUGCUGCUCGCGGUGCCCGCGUCCUCGCCGUCUUCCCCGGCCGCCCGCGGGGGCUUUGUUGUGGCCCGGGCGCCGCGGGCCGCCCCCUGGUGAAGUCGCUCUCGGCCGCCGCACCUAGCGGGCGGGCGGGCUGGCGGGCGCGCGUGUGCCCGGGAGUGCGCGCCGGUGCGCGCCGGACCCGACCCGCCGCCCCAUUGUGAGCCUGCCCGCGGCGCCCGGGAACAUGUGGGUGAACCCCGAAGAGGUGCUGCUGGCCAACGCGCUGUGGAUCACCGAGAGAGCCAACCCCUACUUCAUCCUGCAGCGGAGGAAGGGGCACGCGGGCGAUGGAGGCGGCGGCGGCGGACUAGCGGGCCUCCUGGUGGGCACCCUUGAUGUCGUGUUGGACUCCAGUGCCCGCGUCGCUCCUUACCGAAUUCUGUACCAGACUCCAGAUUCUUUGGUCUAUUGGACCAUCGCCUGUGGUGGUUCCAGAAAAGAAAUCACUGAACACUGGGAAUGGCUUGAGCAGAAUCUCCUGCAGACACUCUCCAUCUUUGAAAAUGAGAACGAUAUCACCACAUUUGUGAGAGGAAAAGUACAGGGCAUCAUUGCAGAGUAUAACAAAAUCAAUGAUGUGAAGGAAGAUGAUGACACAGAGAAGUUCAAGGAAGCCACUGUGAAAUUCCAUCGGCUGUUUGGAAUGCCUGAGGAAGAGAAGCUCGUCAACUAUUACUCUUGCAGCUACUGGAAGGGGAAGGUCCCCCGACAGGGUUGGAUGUACCUCAGUAUUAAUCACCUUUGCUUUUAUUCUUUUCUAAUGGGAAGGGAAGCCAAGCUGGUCAUCCGGUGGGUGGACAUCACUCAGCUUGAGAAGAACGCCACGCUGCUUCUGCCCGACGUGAUCAAAGUGAGCACGAGGUCCAGCGAGCAUUUCUUCUCUGUAUUCCUCAGCAUCAGUGAGACCUUCAAGUUAAUGGAGCAGCUCGCCAACAUCGCCAUGAGGCAGCUCUUAGACAAUGAGGGGUUUGAGCAAGAUCGAUCCCUGCCCAAACUGAAAAAGAAAUCUCCUAAAAAAGUGUCUGCUCUGAAACGUGAUCUGGAUGCCAGAGCAAAGAGUGAGAGAUACCGCGCACUUUUCCGGCUGCCCAAGGAUGAAAAGUUAGAUGGCCACACAGACUGCACCCUCUGGACUCCAUUCAACAAAAUGCACAUUUUGGGGCAGAUGUUUGUGUCCACAAACUACAUCUGCUUUACCAGCAAGGAGGAGAACCUGUGUAGCCUCAUUAUUCCACUCCGAGAGGUGACGAUUGUAGAAAAGGCAGACAGCUCCAGCGUGCUCCCCAGUCCUUUAUCCAUCAGCACCAGGAACAGGAUGACCUUCCUGUUUGCCAAUUUGAAAGACAGAGACUUUCUAGUGCAGAGGAUCUCUGAUUUCCUGCAACAGACCACCUCCAAAAUAUACUCGGACAAGGAGAUCGCAGGAAGCUACAACAGUUCAGAUGAUGAGGUGUACUCUCGGCCCAGCAGCCUCGUUUCCUCCAGCCCCCAGAGAAGCACCAGCUCUGAUGCUGACGGCGAGCGCCAGUUUAACCUCAAUGGCAACAGCGUCCCCACGGCCACACAGACCCUGAUGACCAUGUAUCGGCGGCGGUCCCCCGAGGAGUUCAACCCCAAAUUGGCCAAAGAGUUUUUGAAAGAGCAAGCCUGGAAGAUUCACUUUGCCGAGUACGGGCAAGGGAUCUGCAUGUACCGCACAGAAAAGACACGGGAGCUGGUGCUGAAGGGCGUCCCCGAGAGCAUGCGCGGGGAGCUCUGGCUGCUGCUCUCAGGUGCCAUCAACGAGAAGGCCACGCAUCCCGGGUACUAUGAAGACCUCGUGGAGAAGUCCAUGGGGAAGUAUAACCUCGCCACAGAGGAGAUUGAAAGGGACCUGCACCGCUCCCUCCCAGAACAUCCAGCUUUCCAGAACGAAAUGGGCAUCGCUGCUUUGAGGAGAGUCUUAACAGCUUAUGCUUUUCGAAAUCCUAACAUAGGGUAUUGCCAGGCCAUGAACAUUGUCACCUCAGUGCUGCUGCUUUAUGCCAAAGAGGAGGAAGCUUUCUGGCUGCUGGUGGCUUUGUGUGAACGCAUGCUCCCUGAUUACUACAACACCAGGGUGGUUGGUGCCCUGGUGGACCAGGGUGUCUUUGAGGAACUUGCGCGGGACUGUGUCCCGCAGCUGUAUGACUGCAUGCAGGACCUGGGCGUGAUUUCCACCAUCUCCCUGUCCUGGUUCCUCACACUCUUCCUCAGCGUGAUGCCCUUUGAGAGUGCAGUUGUGGUUGUUGACUGUUUCUUCUAUGAAGGAAUCAAAGUGAUAUUCCAGUUGGCCCUGGCCGUGCUGGACGCAAAUGUGGACAAACUUUUGAACUGCAAGGACGACGGGGAGGCCAUGACUGUUUUGGGAAGGUAUUUGGACAGCGUGACCAAUAAAGACAGCACGCUGCCCCCCAUCCCUCACCUCCACUCCCUGCUCAGUGACGACGUGGAGCCCUACCCUGAGGUCGACAUCUUCAGACUCAUCAGAACUUCCUAUGAGAAAUUUGGAACUAUCAGGGCGGAUUUGAUUGAGCAGAUGAGAUUCAAACAGAGACUAAAGGUGAUCCAGACACUGGAGGAUACUACAAAACGGAACGUGGUACGAACCAUUGUGACAGAAACUUCCUUUACCAUUGAUGAGCUAGAAGAACUUUAUGCUCUUUUCAAGGCAGAACACCUAACCAGCUGCUACUGGGGCGGGAGCAGCAAUGCACUGGACCGCCACGACCCCAGCCUGCCUUACCUCGAGCAGUACCGCAUCGACUUUGAGCAGUUCAAGGGCAUGUUUGCUCUGCUCUUUCCCUGGGCCUGUGGAACUCACUCUGACGUGCUGGCCUCACGCUUAUUCCAGUUAUUAGAUGAAAAUGGAGAUUCUCUGAUCAACUUCCGAGAGUUUGUCUCUGGGCUGAGUGCCGCAUGCCACGGGGACCUCACAGAGAAGCUCAGACUCCUGUACAGGAUGCACGUCUUGCCUGAGCCAUCUUCUGAUCAAGACGAGCCAGAUUCUGCUUUUGAAGCAACUCAGUACUUCUUUGAAGAUAUCACCCCAGAAUGCACACAUGUGGUUGGAUUGGACAGCAGAAACAAACACAGUGUAGACGAUGGCUUUGUUACCGUGAGUCUAAAGCCCGACAGAGGGAAGAGGGCAAAUUCUCAAGAAAAUCGUAAUUACCUGAGACUCUGGACUCCAGAAAAUAAAUCCAAGUCAAAGAAUGCAAAGGAUUUACCCAAAUUGAAUCAGGGGCAGUUUAUCGAGCUGUGUAAGACGAUGUAUAACAUGUUCAGCGAGGACCCCAACGAGCAGGAGCUGUAUCACGCCACGGCGGCGGUGACCAGCCUCCUGCUGGAGAUCGGAGAAGUGGGCAAGCUCUUCGCCACCCAGCCUACCAAGGAGGGCGGGAGCGGCGGGCCAUCCGGCAACCAGGGCAUCCCCGGCGGCGGCGGCGUGCUCUUCCCCAAGAAAGGGCCGGGCCAGCCUUACGCGCUGGAACCCGUGGAGCCCCUCCCGGCCAGCUUGGCGGGGGACGGCGAGGAACACUCUCUGGGGGGCCAGAUGGAGGACAUCAAGCUGGAGGAUUCCUCGCCCCGGGACCACGGGGCCUGCUCCUCUAUGCUCGUCUCCGACGACGACACCAAGGACGACAGCUCCAUGUCCUCGUACUCGGUGCUGAGUGCCGGCUCCCACGAGGAGGACAAGCUGCACUGUGAGGAUAUCGGCGAGGACACGGUCCUGGUGCGCAGCGGCCAGGGCACAGGGGCACUGACCCGGAGCACCAGCCUGGACCGAGACUGGGCCAUCACCUUCGAGCAGUUCCUGGCCUCCCUCCUGACCGAGCCGGCCCUGGUGAAGUACUUUGACAAGCCCGUGUGCAUGAUGGCCAGGAUCACCAGUGCAAAAAACAUCCGGAUGAUGGGCAAGCCCCUCACCUCGGCCAGUGACUACGAGAUCUCAGCCAUGUCCGGCUGAAUCCCGCGCCUUCUCUGGGGA